AUGACCAACCCACAAGACAAUCCUGGAACUCCUCCACCACCCACUCCCUAUAAUUCAUCUACACCUCCUCCACCUAGUACAUCUCCCAAACCCAGGCUGAGAAGGGUGAAAAUGCUUGCUCGGAAAACAGUAGCGUCUGGAGCUCUCAAAAAGAAAUUAAAUGAGAUAUUAAAGCCAAGUGAGGUAGAAGAGAGUGGCAAGAAGUCAAGGGGAAGUAGUUCUAGUGAAGCUGCUGAAGGGUUACUUAAUCUAAGCACACAAGGAGAUGAACCUGGUUCAUCUACUGAAGUAACCCUAGCAGACCUGUUGAAAAAGGUUGUGGGAAGAGCUACAAGAAGCAGGGUGAAGCAGAGUAAGAGUGAUCUCCAAAAGGCUUUAGCUGAGAGUAAGAAAAAAAAGUUGGCUUAA